CAAAGUGGGUGUCCUGUCCUGCAUGGACAUUAGCCGCAACACUCUGCUGGCCCUCAUCAACAAAGCGUGCACCUUCCCUCACUUGGCACAAACCCACGCUCAGGUCAUUCGCAAUGGCUUUCAAUUCGACCUCGCCACCGUCACCAAGCUCACCCAGAAGCUCUUCGACGUCGGAGCCAUGCGCCAAGCACGUGCCCUCUUCUUCUCCAUUCCCAAACCCGACCUCUUCCUCUUCAAUGUUGUCAUCAAAGGCUUCUCCCUCAACGCAUCCCCUUCUUCCAUCUCUCUCUACACCCAUUUGCGCAAAAGCACCACUCUCUUCCCGGACAACUUCACCUACGCCUUCGCCAUUGCUGCUUCUCCCAACGACAACCUCGGCAUGCUGUUGCACGCUCAUUCCCUCGUCGACGGCUUCGCCACCAACCUCUUUGUCGCUUCCGCUCUCGUUGACUUGUACUGCAAGUUUUCGCGCGUUGGGUAUGCCAGAAAGGUGUUUGAUGGAAUGCCUGAGAGGGACACUGUGUUGUGGAACACUAUGAUUACUGGGUUAGUCAGGAAUUGUUGUUAUGGCGAUUCUGUUGUAGUGUUCCGGGACAUGGUUGCACAAAGGGUGCAAUUGGAUUCCACCACUGUGACUACGGUGCUUCCUGCAGUUGCAGAGAUGCAAGAGUUGAGAGUGGGGAUGGGGAUUCAGUGUUUGGCUUUGAAGCUUGGUUUUCAUUUUGAUGGUCAUGUGCUGACAGGGUUGAUUUCAUUGUUUUCGAAAUGUGGGGAUGUUAAUUCGGCAAGUUUGUUGUUUGGGAUGAUUGGUAAGCGGGAUUUGGUUUCUUAUAAUGCCAUGAUUUCUGGGUAUACUAGCAAUGGUGAGAUUGAAUGUUCGGUGAAUCUUUUCAGAGAACUACUUGUUUCUGGUGAGAGGGUCAGUUCAAGCACUUUGGUUGGGUUGAUUCCUGUGUCUUCUCCCUUUGGUCAUUUGCAUUUGGCUUGCUGUAUUCAGGGUUUUUGUGUGAAGUCUGGUAUUAUUUUGCAUCCGUCUGUUUCAACUGCACUCACUACUGUCUAUAACAGGCUCAACGAGAUAGAAGUGGCGCGCCAAUUGUUUGAUGAAUCACCAGAGAAAACUGUGGCUGCUUGGAAUGCUAUGAUUUCAGGUUAUACGCAGAAUGGUUUAACAGAGACAGCUAUCUCUCUUUUUCAGGAAAUGAUGACAACUGAAUUUACUCCAAAUCCGGUAACAAUCACUACUAUCCUCUCAGCUUGUGCUCAACUAGGAGCACUGAGUUUUGGCAAAUGGGUUCACCAGUUAAUUAAAAGCAAAAAUCUUGAGCCAAACAUUUAUGUCUCAACUGCUUUGAUUGACAUGUACGCCAAGUGUGGGAACAUUUUGGAGGCUUGGCAAUUAUUUGACUCAAUGAGUGAAAAAAACACUGUCACUUGGAAUACUAUGAUUUUUGGUUAUGGGCUCCAUGGAUAUGGGCAUGAAGCACUUAAGCUUUUCAAUGAUAUGUUGCACUUAGGGUUUCAACCAUCUAGUGUAACUUUUCUUUCAGUCUUAUAUGCUUGCAGUCAUGCUGGCUUGGUGAGAGAAGGGGAUGAAAUUUUCCAUGCAAUGGUCAAUAAAUACAGGAUUGAGCCCUUGGCUGAGCAUUAUGCAUGCAUGGUGGACAUUCUGGGACGAUCUGGACAGUUAGAAAAGGCCUUAGAAUUUAUAACGAAAAUGCCUGUUGACCCAGGUCCUGCAGUGUGGGGUACAUUGCUUGGAGCUUGCAUGAUUCACAAAGACACAAACAUAGCCCGUGUGGCUUCAGAAAGGCUAUUUGAACUGGAUCCACGGAGCGUGGGAUACUAUGUCUUACUUUCUAAUAUAUACUCAGCGGAGAGAAACUUCCCAAAGGCUGCAUCAAUACGGGAAGUAGUGAAGAAAAGAAAACUGGCAAAGACUCCAGGGUGUACCCUAAUUGAGGUUAAUGGGACCCCGCAUGUCUUUGUAUCCAGUGAUCGUUCUCAUUCUCAAACAACAGCUAUCUAUGCAAAGCUUGAGAAGUUAACAGGCAAGAUGAGGGAGCUGGGCUAUCAGUCAGAGACAAUCACUGCUUUGCAUGAUGUGGAAGAAGAAGAAAAGGAGCUCAUGUUUAAUGUUCAUAGUGAGAAAUUAGCCAUUGCUUUUGGCCUUAUUGCAACUGAACCUGGUACCGAGAUCAGGAUCAUCAAGAAUCUUAGGGUUUGUUUAGAUUGUCACACUGCAACUAAGUUUAUUUCCAAGAUCACAGAAAGAGUAAUUGUAGUUAGGGAUGCCAACAGAUUCCACCAUUUCAAAGAUGGGAUAUGUUCUUGUGGCGACUACUGGUGAAGCUGAAUAAAUAAUUGUUCCCCAGUCAAGUUAUACGGGCCAGAAACAUCUUCCAAACUUUUGGUUUUAUAUUCUUACAACAAUAUGAUCUCAAGUCUGGACCCCCUCCUGUGACCCUCCACUUAAGAAGCACAACAUUUCACAACCCCGGUUGAAAAGAACAUUUUUUAAAGUAAGUUAACUGAAUGAUAGUUGAAUUCUAGCUCUCUUUUUAAAUAAGAUGUAUUUUUGUAUACUGUCCUUCACCCAAACUUCAUACAAACCAGUUGAGGUGAAGUUCUCCUUUGCCGAAUUUUGUCACACAGCUUCUAAUUAAUCUUUUUCAAAUUUAAAUUCAUUCUGUAAAUGAGAAAGUACCAUGUCUCUUCUUCUAUAUAGUCAUAAAGUAC